AUGGAGAAUAAUAGUUACGAUACUGAAGAGUAUACAAGCGAUAUCGAUAAUGGUGAAGAAGAAGAAAAAGAGGAUGAUAUUGACUUUAUGAUAGCAUUACAAUUAAUGAUGGCUUCUAAAUAUUACACAACAUAUAUGGUCAAGGAACCUUGUAGGACCUCUCCACAUAUAGGCCAUAAGUUUGUUAUGGAGAUUCUAAAUGGUCAUCAUGAUAGAUGUCAUCAGCAAUUUAGGAUGGAAAAAGAUGUAUUUCAUACUUUAUGCAAAGAGUUGAAUGGAAGAUAUAACUUAACUAGUACUCGAAACAUAACUAUCGAAGAAAUGGUUGGAAUUUUCUUGAUUACAUUAGGUCAUGGGUUCGGGAAUACAAUGGCGCAAGAAAGAUUUCAACAUUCGGGAGAGACUAUUAGUAGGCAUUUUAAUAGUGUAUUAAUGGUUGUUUCACGAAUGGCAGUCGACAUUAUCAGCCUCACUGAUAGGGAAUUUAAGGAUGUUUCAAAAAAAAUUCGUGAAGAUGAGCGAUAUUGGCCAUACUUUAAUGAUUGUAUUGGAGCUAUUGAUGGAACCCAUGUGCCAGUUACUAUAUCUCCAACAAAACAAAUUCCAUUUAUUGGUAGAAAAGGCAUACCUACUCAGAAUAUCAUGGCAGUUUGUGAUUUUUAUAUGCGUUUCACUUUUGUUUGGGUUGGGUGGGAAGGUACUGCACAUGAUACACGUAUUUUUAUGGAAGCUAUUCAGAAGGAGGAAUUGCAGUUUCCACAUCCACCUAGAGGUAAAUAUUACUUGGUAGAUGCUGCAUAUCCUCAUAUGAACGGAUACAUGGGGCCAUACAGAAGGGAACGAUAUCAUCUACCAGAUUUUCGUCGUGGUCCUCGACCAAUGGAUAUUGAGUUCAAGCCAUACGAUGAUGACGAGGAUUAUCUACCUCCUGGAAGUAUGGAGGACGAAGAAGCAGAAGAUUACUCAAGCAUGCAACAAUCAGAGAUAUCUAAUGAAAAUGUUAUUAAUAUUGAACGUAAUUAUAUUACUGUUUCACUUAUGCAUGGUUGA